AUGAGCGUCCUCCGAUCCUCCGAGUGUGUCUUUUGCCAUUUUUCUCGGUCCUCCCGCCCUGCCGCCGUCGCCCGUCGCCAGUUUCAUUCGUCCCCCGUCCAUCAAAAAAGGAAACCUCGAUUUCCCAGCGUCAAAUCAUCCAGCAAUGACCUGAACAUCACACAAGCUGCGAAAGAGUUCCCUACGUCCAAAAAUGGCCAAAUCCCACAACACUACUCGGCCGAGCAACGCGCCGCCAUUGAGGCUGCUCAAAAGUUGAUCGACCUCGAGAAACUGGAGAAGCAAACGGGCCUGCGGACAGAUCCCUGGAAGAUGAAAUACUACGAUGACCUGACAAAAAUAGACCCUGUGGUCGACAAGCCGGUGCGAGCGCCCUGGACAAACAUCGACGACAAGUCUAGGUUAAAGACGGAGGACGAACUGGAGGACGAUUUGAUCAAAUUCAUGCAAGAGAUCCCUGCACCAAAGCAUGAAAACGACUUCGAUCCAACAUUAUGGGACAAGUUCGACAAGAACCUUAGGUUGACCGUGGGACGUGAAGAGGCCGAAAGAGCACCCCGGACUGCCCUGGCUCCUGAUUUGCCCAAUAUCUCAGAGACCCCCCGACCUAAGAAGACAACCAAGGGCGACGAAGUGGUCGUGGAAGAGCCACCGUCGCCGGCACUGGUCAGACUGAUGCAGAUGACCGGAUACGAUCGACGCCAAAUCUCCCGAUUGCGUGUGAAAACCGUCAUUAUGCAUCAGGUAGUAAAUCAGACCAGACUGGGAAAAAUCAGCAAGACAUACGUUCUCAGCGUUGCUGGAAACCAGAACGGAUUGAUUGGCAUCGGGGAAGGCAAAGCGGCCGAAGUGACUGAGGCUCUUAUUCAAAGUCAAUACCGUGCCAUCCGAAACAUGACCCCAAUCCUGAGAUAUGAGGAUCGAACCAUUUUUGGCGAUGUCAGCGGCAAAGUCAGUGCUACGGAAUUGGAACUUUACUCCAGACCACCAGGUUUCGGUCUCCGCUGUCAGAAGUACAUUUGGGAAAUUUGCCAGUGCGCCGGUAUCAAAGAUCUUGCCGCCAAAGUGACGCGGGCGAGAAAUCCGAUGAACACGGUCAAGGCUGCCGUCGAGGCUCUCUUGAGCCAGAAGAACCCAGAGGACAUUGCAAGAGCUCGGGGCAAAAAGCUGGUGGAUGUUCGAAAAGUGUACUAUGCAGGACAGACUUGA